CACGACGAGCGCUGGUAUUAUCGAUGGGGAAGAUAUUAUUUGAUUUAACAUCGAUCGGGAAAUAAAAAUGAUUGCUGGUACGCCGAGGCCAAACAAUGCUAGCGAUGGCGUCCAUGGUUUGGCGAAAUCCACCCUCGGCGCCGGAGCCUGAGGUUCUUCUCGACGAGGGUUGGAGGAUCCUCUCGAGGACUAAACGUCAAAACAAGGUGGCAGGGCCGCAUGGAGAACAAGUACGUCACCAUCAAGCGCUUUAUCGAUGGCCUCCCGUCCGGGCUCGACUUCGAGCUGAGGAGUGCCCCCCUGACCCCGGCGACCCCGCAAGGAUCGGAGGAUGUGAUCGUGAAAAAUCUCUUCGUUUCCAUCGAUCCAUACCAAAUCAAUCGAAUGAAAGAAUACAGCUCUUCUCAGGAAACGGUGGAGGUCGCCAGACGGCUCCUUCCUGGACAGAGAAUCGAUGCGUUUGGUGUGGGGAGGGUUGUGGCCUCUGGCAACGCCGAGUUUAAGAGGGAUGAGCUGGUGGCUGGGAUGCUGGGCUGGGAGGAGUACACGGUUGUCCGGCCAGGAGUCAUGUUGACGAAGAUCGAUAGCAACUUGGACUUCCCACUCUCUUACCAUCUGGGCAUCCUAGGGCCUAGCGGGCUGACGGCAUAUGCUGGCUUCUACGAUGUCUGCAAACCGAAAAAGGGCGAGAAGGUUCUCGUAUCAGCAGCAUGCGGAUCCGUUGGACAUCUGGUUGGCCAAUUUGCUAAGCUCUCAGGUUGCUAUGUGGUCGGUUGUGCUGGAAGCAAGAAAAAGGUGGAACUUCUCAAGGAGAAGUUGGGAUUUGACGACGCAUUCAACUACAAGGAAGAAACUGAUGUGAAGUCUGCUCUGAAGAGGUACUUCCCCGAUGGGAUCGACAUAUAUUUUGACAACGUAGGCGCAGAGAUGCAGGAAGCUGCGGUGGCCAACAUGAAUGCCUUCGGCAGAGUGGCCGUGUGCGGUGCCAUCUCCCGGUACACCGAUGCAGGGAAGCGAGCGGCCCCUGACAUGAUCGAUGUAAUUUAUAAACGAAUCACCAUCCGCGGGUUUCUCGCCUACGACCACCUUUCCAUAUAUGACGACUUCAUAUCUGCGACAUCCGACCACAUCCGCCAUGGUAGAAUGCAGUCGCUCGAAGAUAUCUCACAAGGCCUCGAGAGCGUGCCCUCGGCCUUUGCGGGACUCUUUCGGGGCGACAAUGUCGGGAAGAAGCUGGUCCAACUGGCUCACAUUUGAGGAGAUGAUCACGAUCUCGCAUCGGAGGUGGUUUCAUAUGGGACGAAGGAUAUAUCUGCCGAUGAGUCCGAGCCAUUGAGCUCGCUAAGGAAGCAGAAAUCGCAUGCAUCUGAGUGUAGUUAAUUUUCUAAUCAAAUAAUCAGUUUCACAUGUCAUUGAGUUCAAAUUAGAAAGUGGACGUGCCUGGUAGAAGCGUAUGUCGCUUAAGGUUCAGGUAAGCUUUCUUUAGAAAUGUAGGGGAUUAGCUGUGCAAUGAAAACUGAAAUUUUGUAUGUCCA